AUGGCGUCCUCGAGGACGAUUGCUAUGGUGGCGGCGGCGGUGUUCUUGGUUUGCGCGAUCAUGGCUUGGACGCCGGAGGCGGGGAGGAUGGGGCAGAGAGGUGAGGUUGUUGCAGCUGCCGGUGUCGAUGGAGGUGGCGGCAGCGGCAAUGUGCGGUACUGGGAGCAGCAGCAGCAGGAGUUCAUCGGCCGGCGGCCGAGGCUCGCGUCGUUCACGCGGCGCGACGGUGUUGCGCUGCCGAAUGGGCAGGUUGCCGCUGGCGGCGAGGAUGGCGGGUCUAAGAGAGAGGUGCCCAGCGGGCCGGACCCUAUACACCACCCCGGCGCGCCGUCGUCGGCUGCUCCGACGACACCGUAG